AUGUUCGGUACCUCUCUCCAGGACAGGCUGAACGCAGCAGUCAAAACACUCGAAGCUACCGGCUCUCAACUCCAAGCCCGCGCACUAAGCGUUAAUGCCAACAACAACCAGAACGUCAGUACAUCAUCACCUAAGGAAAGUCCUAGUCGAUCUGCAUCUCCCUCAGUCACCAAGUCACCCAUACCUUCCACGUCGCCUUUAGCCACUACCGGCACGAACACAGAGAAAAAGGGCGAUAAUGUGUCGCCUACCAAGUCCACAGGAGGAAGUGGAUCAAUAGCAACUGGAAGUUAUGUUGGGUCUACUGCGCAUUUGGCUGAGAACGCUUUGUCAGGAUUGAGAAAAAGUUUCCACUUUGGUAACAGGAGUCCUCAAGAUCUGAUCAACAGACCCACUGUACCCACUAGUCCUGCAGCAGGGGGAUCAGAAUCCAAUCCACAAGAAUUGAAGGACAUCACUUCUCCCACUUCUUCGCCUUCUCUAGCUGGACCUUCAACCUCAAGGCCAUCUUCACCCAAUCCUAGACUUCUACCCACUUCUACCUUUACAUUAGGGUCUGACCCGCCUUCGCGAGCGGUGACACCUACACCUACAUCAGGUCCGGGUCGCAGAGGUUCCAAAUUAGCUUUGGAUCCCGUUAUCCCUCUACCACCUUCCGAUCCCUCUGAUCCAGCUACGUAUCCUCUGCCUCCCUCACCUACAUUAUCAGCUACUGAGAACCUCACGACCCCUUCAACUGGAUUUGCAGAUCCAUUAGGGGCAUCUCCGAUCAUUCAGGCAAGUGCGGAUCAGGACGUACCGAAAUUGGGAUUACAGGAAGCUACGCCUGAUACCGAGAAGAAGGAAGGGGUAGUGGGGCUGGGUGUAGGUGGACUAGAUACGGAUAAAGUGGAAGUUCAGAUAACGACCAGUGCAGAAGGGGAUGCUGAAGAUGUGGAGAAGCCUGUGAUUGAGCUGUCAGGGGAGGAAAUCAAGAAAUUGGCUGAUUCGGAAAGACGAUAUGAAGACCUCUCACAACGAUUUACAACCUUGCUCUCGCAGACGCAUAAAGCUAAUCAAGUCUUGAAAGAGCUUACACCAUUAGAAGGAGGAAUAGCAGAUCAUGAAGCCCUGGAAGGAUGGGUCAGGAUGGUCACUGGGAAAGUGGAUAUGAUCACAGCUGAGAUGAAGAGAUUACAGGAUAAAUUGACCCUACAAGAUUCUCGGAUGGAGGAGCUGCGCGAUACACAUCGUUUGGAAGGAUCUUCGCAAACUGAUCUAAUAACCAAGCUGCGCAGUGAAUUAUCAGAAGCUCAGGAGAAGCUGAAAACUGCCUCGACGGAGAACAGCACGAUCACUCAGCUUAAGGCGGAUCUGGCCAAAGCUCAAACUCAGGCCAAAGAAGAGGAAGAGAAACGUACCAAGGCUAUAUCUUUGUUAAAGACAGUGAGGUUGAAAUUGGUCAAAGUAGAAAAGGAGAAAGAGGAGAUAGAGAGGGACCGUGCCGAGGAGAGAGCCGAACGAGCCAAGGCGUCUGAGGAAGUUGAAAGAAUCAAAGGUGAAAAAGAAAGAGAGGUGACUAAUUUAAGAAAAGGCUUCGAAAGGGAACUGAAUGGACAGAAGGAAAAAUAUGAGAAAGAUAUGGCUAGUAAGAAAGCUACUUGGGAAUUGGAGAUGAUCACUACGAAAGCAUCACAUGCUAAAGAACUAUCGGCGAAAACUACAAAAGUAAAUGGAUUAGAAGCGAUAGUGAAAGAGUUGAAUGUGAAUAAACAAAAGACAUUCGAAGAUCUACAAGCUAAACAGGCUGAAGCUGAAUCGGCUAAAUCUGAGAUGGAAUUGCUGUCUACCAGAACGAAAGAAUUGGAAUUCCAACUUCGAGAAGCUAAUGAACGAAUUGCCCUGUUGGAAGAUUCUUCUUCGUCCAACCAAAGGAAUCUACUGGGCUUGGGGUUACCUAAUGGCAGUCCAUCUGGAUCACCAAUGGGAAGUAGAAGGAACUCCACAUCGAACAAAAGCACUGGAGGAGUGGAUAUACAGAAAUUGUUAUCUGAAGCAGAAGCUAAAUCAGAAUCCAAAUUAUCAGAUCUGAGAUUCAAAAUCAAGUCGUUGGAAUUGGAACGAAAUGAGAUUGAAGAGGAGUGGUCGGUCAAGUUGCAAGAGAGAGUAAGAGAGUUAGAGAAAUUGAGAAGACAGAUACAGGAGAAGGAUAUGGAAGUUAGUGAUACCCUUAGGGGAUUGCAGGAGAGGGAAAGUAAGAUCCAAGAUGGUGAAGAACGAGUUAAAUCCUUGGAGAAGGAAUUGAUCAAAUUAAAGGGGAAAUUGGAACAGGGUAAAGGUGAUAUACAAAUUGCUGUCGAGGCUGAGCGCUCAGCAAGAGACGAGAUCUCCUCUCUACAAACUCAGAUACACACACUCCAGACCCAAUUGGACGAAUCCAAGAACCAUAUAACCCAGUUGAAAAGUACCAACAAAACUCUCCGAGACGAAAUGAGGAAAUUACAAUCGUCCGUUCAAUUAAUGGAGAGACAGAGGAAUCCCGGUGUAGGAUAUUGGUCGGGAACAGCUCAAGGUGGUUCAACUAUCAAUCCUAGAUCCGGUGUACCCUCCCCUAGUCCCACGCCUUUGUCUGUGUCUGUGUCGGGAUCGAUAGGCAGUCCGACUCAGAGCGAGAGUAGAAACAGUUUAGAAAGUAAUAGUACGAGAACAGGUGCGCCGGGCACACCCACUACGUCGCAGACUGUUACGACUGGUUCAUCGGGAGACGCCAAACAGCAGGAUGAGGAGGAAGUGAAUCUCGAAUACCUCCGAAAUGUGAUCUUACAAUUUCUGGAGCAUAAAGAGAUGAGACCUAAUUUGAUUAGAGUCAUGUCUGUGAUUUUGAGAUUCACACCUCAGGAAUUAAGGAGGUUGAAUGCGAAAUUGCAGAGUUAG